AUGAGUGCCGAGCAGGCCCUCGUGGAGCAUCUGCACUAUGAGAGUUGUCGACUUCUGAGCCUGUCAUUGGCCAUGUCUGCUCGUAACACGACAGCCGGUGAGAAGGCGGUAAAAUCACCUCUCACAUCCUCCACCAUCUUGCCACCUCCCGACAAUGCAAUCGAAAAUUCUAUGGACACCGGCGCUAUGGGUUCAGACUACAAGUCGCAGGCAUUGACACGUCUGAUUGAGGCCAACCGCCUUCUGAAGAACCUCCUUGAGUCACUAAUGACUUCGCAGAAAAAGACGGAAUCAACAACAGAUCGACGUCCUUCCUGGGAGUCCUCCUCCCUCAUCACCGCCUUAUUGUCAAUUCUUGUGACAGAUCGGAAGGCCCACGUUUCCCUCCUCUGUAAUGCGGCCAUAGAGCAGGGCUCUAAACUCGGUCUGCCUCCGCGACCGCUUUCGGGUCCCGAACAAAAGAAUAUGCCCACUCUGACGGACUUUAUUCGCUCGCUCACAGCCUAUGUAGAUGCCGAGGAGCAGGUUGAUAUACUUCUGGGAUGGGGCACGCUCACUGGUGCAGUUACCGCUGACCGACAGGAGCUCGAGUACGAAAUUGAAUCUGUACGACAGCGUGAAGAGACUCUAAAAUCGGAAGUGACACGGCUCUCUAGAGAACUGGCCACUCGCGACGCAGUCCUCCUAGAGAAAGCGGUCUCAGUAGAUAAACAACUAACCGCCAGUCAGCGGGAACUAGACAGCCUCCGUGCAAAGUUAGAGGAGACAAAAAUGGAGUCCCAAAAGUUGGCUGCCUCCUUGGAGCAGACUCGGUUUGUGCCAUUUAUCGUCUUUUUUUGUAUACACAUUUACAUUCUGCUAAAUGACAACUCACGAGAGUGA